GACUUUGACGGCAACAAAAUGGCGGAAUGAACGGCAGUGGCUUCCUAAAGAAGAUUACAUUUUACCAUCUACGAACUUUAUAGAUUGUCAAAGACUGAGUUUCUUCUUGAGCCCGCCUACCGGAAGUUGAGUUUGGAGCGACGGCGCGUUAGCGGAAGUGGAGAUUGAAGACUUGAUAGAAGAUGGACGACUACUGCUAUGCUAAGAUGGCGACGUCAGUGCCACCAACUUCCAGCAAUUCCCCAACGGAGAAAAAGAUGAAAACUGAAGAUGAAGACGUCCAGCAGCUGAUUGGUCAUCCAGAAGAACUUCCUCCUCUGUCAGGGGGGAGCUCUAUUUUUAUGCACGAGGUUUCUCAGCACACCCACGUUAAACAGGAAGAGGAGGAAAUCUGGAUCACUCAGGAGGGAGAGUGUCUUCUAGGGCCAAAUGAAACUGAUCUCACCAAGUUGCCACUCACUGUUGUCUCUGUGAAGACUGAAGAUGAUGAAGAGAAACCACAAGUAGACAACCUCUUAUCUCCACUAUCAGAUAGUGAGCCUGAGGAGGAGGUUGAAGUGACUUUGAGCAGCGAUACAGACUGUGAAGGUAUUAUGGGGACUCACACUGACGACAAACGCUCUUGGUGUUCAAAAAAGAAGAGCGGUAAAAUACUUUUAAGUUGCUCGGUUUGUGGUAAAAACUUUACUCAAAAAAGCAAUUUGACGCAACACAUAAGAACACACACAGGAGAAAAACCGUUUAUAUGUUCAGUUUGUGGUAAGAAAUAUUCUCAAAAGAUCCAUUUGACAGCACACAUGAGAACACACACUGGAGAAAAACCGUUUAAUUGUUCAGUUUGCGGGAAAAGAUUUUCUCGCAAGAACGAUUUGCCUGGACACAUGAGAACUCACACAGGAGAAAAACCCUUUAAUUGUUUAGUUUGCCCGAAAAGUUUUUCCCUAAAGAAUCAUUUGACUAAACAUAUGAGAAUGCACACAGGAGAAAAACCAUUUAAUUGUUCAGUUUGUGGUAAGGACUUGUCUCACAAGAGCAGUUUGACUGAACACAUGAGAACACACACAGGAGAAAAACCUUUUAAUUGUUCAGUUUGUGGUAAGGACUUGUCUCACAAGAGCAGUUUGACUGAACACAUGAGAACACACACAGGAGAGAAACGGUUUAGUUGUUCAGUUUGUGGUAAAAAAUGUUCCAAAAAGAGCGAUUUGACUGGACACAUGAGAACGCACACAGGAGAAAGACCAUUUGAUUGUUUAGUUUGUGGUUUAAGCUUUUCUCAAAGGGGCACCAUGAGACUACACAUGAUAACACAUACAGGAGAAAAAUCAUUUAAUUGUUCAGUCUGUGGUAAAAACUUUUCUCUCAAGAGCAGUUUGACCCGACACAUAAUAACACACAAAGGAGAAAAAUUAUUCAAUUGUUCAGUCUGUGGUAAAACCUUUUUUCUCAAGAGCAGUUUGACUGGACACAUGAGAACGCACACAGGAGAAAACUCAUUUAAUUGUUCAGUUUGUGGGAAAACAUUUACCAAAAAGAGCAAUUUCACUCGACACAUCAGAAUACACACGGGCGAAAAACCUUUUAACUGUUCUGUCUGUGGUAAAAACUUUUCUCUCAGGAACGGUUUGACUCGACACAUGAGAAUGCACACAUGAGAAAAAAAAGUUUUUAUUCGAUUAAGGAUCCUUUUAUUGUCAUUGUAAAUAAUACGGCUCAUCCCUGGUUUAAAUAGAAUUUGAACAAUUACAAUUACAACAUGAUAUACAAGGAUAUGUAGUUUAAAGGGGCCCAAUGAUGCAAAAUUAACUUGUCUGACCUAUUGGUACCUGCUGUUAUGUAUUUGGGAUCUGUAUGAUUCCCGAAAAUCUUAAAUCAGACUGUGGCGGUAUUGUGGAGAUAAUUACCAAACUUCCUUCAUACUUCCUCCAAACAAACCUGCACAGGUUGCAAUUGUCAUCCAGCGUUGUAGCCAAUAAGUUCCUUCUUCUUCUCUAUCCUCUUGUUGUAGGGCAGACUGGCUCAUACAUGCACAUGUAUCCUCCGCUGUUGCUAAUUGUAAUACAAAGUAGCGUAUAGUUUACACUCAUAUCUGUCAGUAGACCUGGCAAAUUAUUUUGACUCGUGGGGCCACAUUGAAAGAAAAGUGUGUCUGGGGGCCAGUGUGUA